AGCAAAGAUCCGACGACCAGCACAUCUCCUCACCACAUCACUCACAAUGGCUUCGCGCUUGGCUAAGGGCGCACUGGGCGCCGUCCGGGCCCGCCCAACUCCCAUCAUCCCAAUGCGCUCUGCUCUUCCCGCUGCUACCACCUUCUCGACAUCCGGACCACGCUUCCAGCAGGCACAGCCACCGGCGAAAGAUCCAAAAAGCACCGCGAGUGCUAUUGUUGAUGCGCUUCCCGGCAACAACCUCGCCUCGAAGACCGCAAUCCUCUCCGCUGGAGCUGCCCUCUCAGUCGCAGCUAUCAGCAAUGAGCUCUACGUUGUCAAUGAGGAGUCCAUUGUGGCACUUUCGCUCUUGACCAUCUACUGGGCCGUCUACACUUAUGCCGGUCCUAUGUACACCGAGUGGGCUCAGGGCCAGCACGACAAGAUCAAGGGCAUUUUGAACGCAGCGCGGGCGGACCACACCAACGCCGUCAAGGCCCGCAUCGACAGCGUAAAAGACCUCAGUGGUGUCAUUGAUGUCACCAAGGACCUCUUCGCUGUGUCCAAGGAGACUGCUCAGCUCGAGGCUCAGGCGUACGAGCUUGAGCAGAAGACCGCCAUCGCUGCUGAGGCCAAGGCCGUUUUGGACUCAUGGGUGCGAUACGAGGGUCAAGUCAAGGCCAGACAGCAGAAGGAACUUGCCGACUCCGUCAUUGCUAAGAUCGAGAAGUCGCUGCAAGACCCCAAGGUUCUUGACCAGAUUCUUAAGCAAAGCGUCGCCGAUGUUGAGCGUAUCGUCUCGCAAAAGUAGAAUUAACAGUCACGUGCCAGCCGUGACGUUCUAGUUGGACGAGCUAUUCGGUCGCCGAACAACUUGUACAUAUCAUAGACAUUUGCUGUGGAAGAAGCGAAUCGACGGUUUCCUUUGUC